AUGGAUGAGCUGCUCAACGAACUCGAAGCAUCCGAAAAUUCCACUCAACCACCACCAGCAGCAGCAGAAGCAAGCGACAGCGACGUACGCCACCUUGUUAGCGAUGAUCAUGCCCUGUGUAAUAUCAUCUCCGGCGAAAACGAAAACACAGAUUCACCCGCAGAUUCCCGUCCCGAAACAACAACCAUCAUUGAGGUAGCGGAUGCCAGAAGCCCAGAAAGCCACGAAAGUACUGGAUCGCUUUUGCACACAACGGAUAACCGCUUCGGGGAAGAUUUGGUACAGAACGAAGCGACCGCUGAGGCUGGCAUUUCCGAUGGGGCUGAAAGCAAUUCGAAAGAAAUUAUUGGGGAAAUGCAGAAUCGGGAUGACGUGGAUGACCCACAGGAUUCCGAAAGUAGAGCUGAAGAUGUUACCACCGAAGAGGAUGGGCAUGAGGAGUGUAACGGCAUUUUGGACAGCGAGGACACGCAGGUAGCAGCAACAGUUCACAAAGAGGUUGCUGAUUUUGAGGAACCUUGCGCUGAGGUACCAAAUCUUUGUUUCAUAUAUUAA